ACGGUUCACCAUGUGUGCUAAUCCAUUUGUGGCUGAAACCCAGUUGAAGUAUUGCACAGUAUGAUAGGUGGAACCAUGAUGGCUGCGUAUUUGCGAGUUCCCAUGCUCACUUUCUCACAAUCUUCCACAGCUACGACAAGGAGAUGCAGAAAUCAAAGAACUCGUUGUUCCGUUAACGCCGCCACUAACAGUGCAAAAAUUCCAAUGCCUCCUCACAACCCUAAAGACCCAUUUCUCUCCAAGCUCGCCUCCGUCGCCGCCUCUUCCCCGGAAACGCUCCUCAACCCUCCCCGCAACUCCGACACCCCUCCUUUUCUCGACAUCUUCGAUACCCCCAAACUCAUGGCUACUCCCGCUCAAGUUGAAAGGUCUGUUUCAUACAAUGAACAUCGGCCCACAAAACCGCCGCCGGACCUGCCUUCAUUGCUUCUCAAUGGUAGAAUUAUUUACAUUGGGAUGCCUUUGGUUCCGGCUGUCACAGAACUAGUUAUUGCGGAAUUGAUGUACUUGCAGUAUAUGGAUCCUAAAGAGCCAAUCUAUAUAUACAUAAAUUCCACUGGGACUACUCGAGAUGAUGGUGAAACGGUAGGCAUGGAGACAGAAGGUUUUGCCAUUUAUGAUGCAAUGAGGCAGUUAAAGAACGAGAUACACACAGUGGGUGUUGGAGCUGCUAUAGGUCAAGCCUGUUUGAUACUUUCAGCAGGGACUCCGGGUAAACGCUUUAUGAUGCCACAUGCUAAAGCUAUGAUUCAGCAACCUCGUAUCCCAUCCUCUGGGUUGAUGCCGGCAAGUGAUGUUCUUAUUCGUGCAAAGGAGGUGAUAACUAACAGAGACAAUCUGAUUAAACUACUGGCUAAACACACGGGAAAUUCAGAGGAAACAGUUGCUAAAGUGAUGAGGAGGCCAUAUUAUAUGGAUGCAAUAAAGGCUAAGGAAUUUGGUGUCAUUGACAGAGUUCUUUGGCGUGGCCAGGAAAAGAUUAUGGCUGCUGUUGCUCCUCCAGAGGAGUGGGACAAGGGUGCUGGUAUUAAAGUUGUAGAUGAAUUCUAGUUCCUCUUUUGUGGAUACAUACUUGUCAAUGUCACAAGUUUCAGUAGGAUUUGUUUUCACUGUCUACGAGUCCAGAAAUGUGCCACAGCUAUUGACAGAAAACUGACCUGUAGGUUAUGAGCCGAAGUGCCCAGAAGGAAGAAAGUUGAUGGACAUUUUACUAAGAAUGUUAAGGAAAAACAUAGAAAAAGAAACAGCGAUGUUCAUCCAUGUGGUCAUAUACAAUGUUUUGGUUCUGGUCAUUGGGUAGUCAUUGAUUGUCGCCCGAUAAUUAUAUAGGGACUCUGACGUUUAUCAUUAUAUUAUCAAUGAAGGACAUGCAAAUUUGUUAUA